UCAUUUUUCCCAGUGUUUAUGAUUAAUGAGAGAAGAGUUUGAGUUUGAGGCAAGGGUACAAUUGGGGUAAAAAAUCAAUCCCUCUGUAACUGUCAAGCUGUCUGUCUCGGCUCUGGAUUGUGGAAGCUUCACUGUUUCGACUUAGCAGAUAAUUUUAUUUUCUCAAUCGCUGAAUGUGAUGUCCUCUGCAAAAACACCAAGGUCUGCUUCGCCUUCUCCUGUUAGAAGCCGUCGAAGUCGAUCAAAGUCAUUAUCAAGGUCCAGGAGAAGUCGUUCCAGGAGUCAAGAUUCUGCUGAUGUGGAGAAUCCUGGAAAUAAUUUGUAUGUUACAGGCUUGUCCACAAGGAUAACUGACAGUGAUCUUCACAAGUAUUUCAGUAAAGAGGGAAAGGUUGUCGACUGCCACUUAGUAAAAGAUCCUCAUACAAAAGAAUCUCGUGGAUUUGGUUUUGUAACUAUGGAAACUAAUGAUGAUGCUGAGUGCUGUAUCAAGUAUUUGAACCGCUCUGUUUUUGAAGGUCGGCUGAUAACUGUGGAAAAGGCAAAGAGAAAUCGUGGCAGGACUCCAACUCCUGGCAAAUACUGUGGUCCAAGAGAUAAGCGGGGACAGGGAGGGAGACGAUCUCAUAGUUACUCACCUAAGCGAUGGCAGGAUAGAGGUUACCAUUCAAGGGACCGGCGAGGACGAUCUCGUUCUCCAUAUCAUAGGAGGGUGGAAGAUUACUCUGACACACAUAGGAGGCAGAGGGAUUAGUCCUUGUCAGCUGGUGAUGGUUGCCAUCCAAGAUAAAGCAAAGAUACCCAUACCCAUGGGUUGGCCUGUUAGGACCAAACCAGUAUUUAAAAUCGUAUCCUUUUUUGUGUGUAAAAAAUAUUGUGCAAGUGUUGGUGCUAAUUAGGUUAGUGGUACUAAGCUUGUCUUUUCCUAGAAAGCAUGCAUUCUGCAAAACUUGGUUUAUUUUCCAUCCCAUUGACUGGGUUGUUUCUUGAUGGUGGAAUGUAUAGUUAACGGUUUGAAACUCAAAGAUAUCUGGAAGCAACGCCCUUGCUCGUGUUGUUUGUAAGUAUAUAUGAAUUUGCUAAGGUCACUUAUAUUUGGUGAAUCCUGCUGGUUUGUGUAAAAGAUUUCUUUUUUAGGGCACGGCUAUAGAAUAAGUUGGCAUAACCUGCACUUGUUAGGCUCUUGACAUAUUUGAUCUGUUCGCGUUUUCGAUUUAGGUCGAAUAUAGUCGGAAUUUGUAUCCAAAUUAGCCGGUGGCGUUGAGGUUACUCAUUUAUAUACCUAGCUCUGCGCCUCUGCCUGUAUAAUUCGACAGGUUGAUUCGAUGGAUUAUUUAUUUAUUUAUUUUUAAUUUCAAGCC